AUGAAGCUUGUCUUCCAACUCGUUCCUCUUCUUGCUCUCGCGCUCCAUGCUCAUGCUCACGGAGUAUUAACUGCUGUCACUGGUGCAAAUGGAGUCUCCGGACAAGGCUUCGGUGUUAUCGCGAGCACUCCACGUGACGGUACAAAACGCAACCCCUUCCAGCAAGACACGAGUAUCAUCCGUGACAAAGAAAUCCAAAACGGUGAUGCUGGUGCUUGCGGAAGAACGCUUGCUGGUGGCAACAAUGACGUCGCUUCGCAGCUUAGUGCCGCCGUCUCUGCCGGCCUUCCCUCUGCGUCCGCGGAUGGCACUGUGACCAUGACACUUCACCAAGUGAACGGUGACGGCGCAGGCCCCUACACUUGCGAAGUCUCCACCGACGCGACUGGAACCAGCUUCGCAGCUAUGACCGUGACGACAAACGUUCCAGGCAAGAACUCGCGGAGCAAUGCGAAGGCAACUGACUUCGCUCUUGUUGCUCAAAUGCCGGCUGGAGCGACUUGCACUGGUGGUGCAAACGGCGACGCCUGCCUCGUUCGUUGCCGCAACGCAGCGAGAGCUGGUCCUUUCGGCGGUUGUGUAGCUGGUUCGUACUUAACCCUCACCAUUAUACAUCUUCGUUAA